UAGGGCUCUCUCCGGAACUAAUAUGGCUGCGCCCAGCGAGCCGCGGCGCUGCUGGUGAGGGAAGUUGGACGAGGCUCCUCCGAGUCCUUGCCCUGCACCCGCCUCGGCGAUGGCGCUCCGGGCGCGGCUCUGGGAGUUGCUGCCCGUUUGCAGGAGCCCCGGGCGCGGGGGCGCAGCGCUGGCGUCCAGCGCCAGGCCGGCGGCGAAACCGACGGUGGACCCUCAGGGAAACGACGCCGUGGCCCCCGAGUUCACCAACCGGAACCCCCGGAACCUGGAGCUCUUGGCGGUGGCCCGGAAAGAGCGGGGCUGGGGGACCGUGUGGCCGUCCCGCGAGUUCUGGCACAGGUUGCGCGUCAUAAGGACUCAGCAUCAUAUAGAAGCCCUUGUCGAGCAUCGCAGUGGCCAGGUGGUGGUGUCGGCUUCCACCCGAGAGUGGGCCAUCAAGAAGCACCUGUAUAGCACCAGGAACGUGGUGGCUUGUGAGAGCGUGGGCCGCGUGCUGGCGGGGCGCUGCCUAGAGGCAGGCAUCAACUUCAUGGUCUACCAGCCGACGCCCUGGGAGAGAGAGUCACACUCGUUGAAACGACUCCAGGAUGCCAUGACAGAAGGCGGCGUGGUGCUGAAGGAGCCCCGGAGGGUCUAUGAGUGAAACCUCACGUCCGUAGCACACAGCUGUGGCACCCCUCAGGCGAACAUCUGUAACGCUAACCAGAGUCUAAUUGUGGAAUGUUAUUUGUAAUUAAGAUCAUUUUAAUAUCUGUGUGAGUGUGUGUGUGUGUGUGUUUUAAUGAUUUCAGUUCUUCCCUCUUGCACAUGGUAAAAUUAUCCAAGGAAAAACUGUUGCAGUUUUAACUUCUGAAGGACAAAUGGAAUGUUCAAAAUAAGAAUAAAGGCUUAUUAUGAACUCUA